AUGUAUAAAAGAGACACAAGAGAAGAGACCAAACUUACUGUAACAAUGGCACAAACAAAUCCAAGGUUCCAUGAAGCACCUGCUUCUGUCUACCAAGAUUUUGAACCAUCUUUUGAAUGGGUUCAAGAUCAACAAAGUGACACCCUUCUUCUUAUGCUUAAAGGAUUUAGAAAGGAGAAUCUGAGGGUUCAAAUUGGCACAAACCGUAGACUAAAACUCAGAGGUGAAGAACAGAUAAGUGAGAACAAGUGGCGUAGAUUUAACAAAGAAUUCACCAUUCCUUCUCAUUCUAACACCAACGGGAUCAAAGCCAAGUUAGAAGGUGGCAUACUAUACAUAAGGAUUCCCAAAAGCAUCACUCAGGUUAAGCCAGAAACAAGCUCACCAACACAACCAAAGGAUCCAACACAGGAGGAACCAGAGAAAGGUGAAGUAGUUUCUGACACAAAGGAGAUGGGGAAAGAAGGAGAAGAUGAUAACAAUGGUGAGAUUGUUGAUAAGAAGGGUGAGAAGAAGGUUUUCCAAAGAUUACACACCACCCUUUAUGGUUUGGUUGGGGAUAUUGUGAAGCAAAAGAAGUUACCUAACUUGGUGGUUGCCAUCUUCUUGUUCUUGGGCAUGGGAAUGUAUGUCAUAAAUGCAAUCAAGUCCACUUUUGGAGGAUCAACAAUCCAAGACCCUUAA